AGAGACGCUGGUGCGACUGGGAGAAGGUGGCCGGUCACGACGUGGGGCGGCCAGCGAUGAAGCCGCCUAGUUCAUUGCAAACAAGUGAGUUUGACUCAUCAGACGAAGAGCCUAUUGAAGAUGAACAGACUCCAAUUCAGAUAUCAUGGCUACCCCUGUCACCAGUGAAUUGUUCUCAGUUUCUUGGUUUAUGUGCUCUUCCAGGUUGUAAAUUUAAAGAUAUUAGAAGAAAUAUCCAAAAAGAUACAGAAGAACUAAAGAACUAUGGUAUACAGGACAUCUUUGUUUUCUGCACCAGAGGGGAACUGUCCAAAUACAGAGUUCCACACCUCCUGCGCCUCUACCAGCAGCGCGGCAUCGUCGCUCACCACCACCCCAUCCCAGAGGGGGGCGCUCCCGACAUCGCCAGCUGCUGCGAAAUAAUGGAGGCGCUUGCCGCCUGCCUCAAAAACAACCGAAAAACCUUGAUACACUGUUACGGAGGAAUUGGAAGAUCUUGUCUUGUAGCCGCUUGUCUCCUACUCUAUCUGUCUGACACAAUGUCGCCACAGCAAGCCAUAGACAGCCUGAGAGACCUGCGAGGAUCUGGGGCAAUACAGACCAUAAAGCAAUAUAAUUAUCUUCAUGAGUUCCGGGACAAACUAGCUGCACAUCUGUCAUCAAGAGAUUCACUGUCAAGAUCUGUAUCUAGAUAAAAAAAAAUUUCAAACAGCAUAUAUAUGACCAUGUCUGAUACUUGAGUUCUCUAACAUAAUUUGAACUAGUGUUACCACCUUGAAUGUAAAUGUGU